GUCCGUCCACCGGAGCAAGUGGCCUGGCCUGCUGGCGCACGGAGUGGUUGGGUCGCUCUUGGCGUCGGGUGGGUCCACGUUGAUUUGUUCAGCCGCUGCCGGUGCAGGCAUCGCCUCGCCGCGCCGGAGCCCGUCGGGUCCAAUUGUCCAAGCGUGGGAGGCAGGCGGGCACCUUCCCGCAAGUGGCAGCGCACGCCAAGCCAGGCAGCCGUGUGGACGACGAGCUCCCUAUCGCCUCCUGCAUGCAGCCCUCUUCCCAGCGUCCCCACUCCCCCAGUCAAACUACGGCCAGAGGGUGACGCCGUCGCAUCCCGUCCCCUCCCCCGCGGCCCGAGGCAUCCACCCACCGACCCCUUAUUUAUACGGUCGCCGCCGUCCUCCCCGCGUUGCUCCAUCCGGCCAUCAAGCCACAGAAGCUUUCCCUCCCUCCCGUCCGCCCUUGCUCCGCCGAGUGUGCCAGAAGCAGCCGAUCCGUCACCGCACGUGGACCGGCCGGCCGGAGAUGGGGUCGCGCUAUGAGGUGGAGGUGACCGUGGGCUCGGCCCGGGACCUCAAGAACGUCAACUGGCGCCACGGCGACCUCAGGCCCUACGCCGUGGCAUGGGUCGACACCGGCGCGCGGUGCAGCACCCGCGUCGACCUCGACGGCGGCGAGAGCCCCACCUGGGACGAGAAGAUCCUCGUCCCGCUCCCACCGGCCUCCCGCCUCGACGACGCCGUGCUCCACAUCGACGUCGUCCACGCCAACGCUGACGAGGGCGUCAAGCCGCUCGUCGGGUCCGCGCGCCUACCGCUCCGCGACGUCCUCGACGAGGCCGGCCUCGGCGGGAAGGCCGCGCGGAACCUCCGCCUCAAGCGGCCAUCGGGGAGGCCCCAGGGCCGCCUCGACGUCCGCGUCGCGGUCAAGGAGCCGGCCAGGUACUACGACCCCUACCCGGCGGCGGGGGGCUACGCGCAGACGGGCACCCGCGACCCCUACGGCCCCGGCGCCGGCGCCGGUGGCUACUACGGUGGCUCCGGCGGCGGCGGCUACGGCGGGGGCUACGGCUCGGGCGCCGCGUACGGCUCGGCCGGCUACGGCGCCGCGCAGCCGUACGCUGCGGCGCCGCCCGCAGGGUACCCUUCGGCCUACGGCGGCUCCGCGCCGCCGCCCCCGCAGCCGGCGUACGGCGCGGCGGCUACCGCGGCACCCGCGUACGGCGCUGCCCCUGUCGCCGUCGCUGCCGACGGCAAGAAGGGCAACAAGAUGGGGAUGGGGACGGGGCUGGCCGUGGGCGCGGCCGCGGGGGUGCUCGGCGGGCUGGCGCUGGCCGGCGGGGCGAGCUACCUGGAGAACAAGAUGGAGGAGCGCGUGGCGGAGAGGGUGGAGGACAACCUGGAGAGGGAGGACUCGUAUGGCGGCGGCGGCGGCGGCUACGGGGGCGGCUACGACGACUUCGGCGGCGACGACGACUACUGAUCGGAUCGGAUCCCAUCAUCUGGCCUGCGGCUAUGCUUAUCACCCAUCUUGGUUUCCUAAACCUGUCUGGAUCGGCAAAAACAACCCCUGUUCUUCCAUUUUCUUUCCUCCGUUGUGUUGUUCCUUCCAUGUUGGCGUUGCUGUUCUGUUACUUGAGACUUGAGAAUUGAGAUUGUCCUCCGAGUUGCGCGCUGCAAAAUGAAUCAAUCCGCCGCGCAGUUCAGACCCUA